AUGACAGGUACAGGUGAAACGGGACCUGUCGAUGUAUCUCGGGCGGUUGCAAUGGUAAUUGCAGCUCUCUUCGCCCUGGCAUGUUGGAACGUACUCCAAAUCCUGGUUUCUAUUUUCAACACCUUCCAACGCCGUCGCGGUCUUUACUUCUGGAGCAUGGUGAUCGCCACCCUGGGAAUUCUUCUUCACACUCUUUCGACAUUCCUUCGCUACUUCGCUCUCGCCCCUAACUUCCCUAUGUGUGUUUUGAUAUGUAUCGGCUGGUAUGCUAUGGUCACUGGCCAGUCUGUGGUGUUAUACUCACGACUACAUCUGGUCACGAACUAUGAGUGCUACACCCGCUGGGUGCUGGGCAUGAUCAUCUUCAACUUUUGUGUUUUGCAUAUUCCCACCACUGUUCUCUUCCUUGGGAUGAAUCUUGAUGUCAAAAGUUUUGUCCGUCCAUUUGAUAUAUACGAGCGUGUUCAAUUGGCCGGAUUCGCCGCUCAAGAGACGAUUAUCAGUGGUUUAUACAUCUGGGAAACCAUGACCAGCCUGAGGCCCGUUUUGGCGAUGAAGGGCCGUCGCGGUAAGAGAGUUGUUGUCAACCUCAUUAUCGUCAACGCUCUCGCAGUUCUGUUGGAUGCAGCUCUCCUGACGACGGAGUAUACGAACCACUUUGACGUGCAGACUACCUUCAAGCCAGUGGCCUACAGUAUCAAGUUGAUGCUAGAGUUCACGGUACUAAACAGUCUUCUUGUUGUGAUCCGCACAAAUCCAUCGGUUAUUGAAGACGUCGAACAACUACAUGAUGAUCUUCGCAUCGACUCACGCUGGAGUGGGAAGAACUCCGACAAUACUACCGCUUUUGGCACCGAUCCAGAAAGGUCUGGUCAAAGUGAUCGGGGGUUACAAAUAUCGCCUGCAAGGUCACAUUCCUCUUGGGUUUCGUUUGACCAUCACGUCGGGCCCACUUGA